AUGUACAUUUGCAGUUCUUGCGAUUUCCAACACAAUCAAGCUAGUCGCAUGCGAAAACAUCUGAUCGUUCACUCUGAGAAAUUCUACCAGUGCGACAAGUGCUCUCUGAAAACAAAACACGAGAAAUAUUUGCGAGAACAUCUCAAAUACGUCCACAGAGACCCUGAUACUGCCAACAUUUUCGUUUGCGACAUGUGCGAUUUCAAAACGCACCGGAGCAAUUUACUACGAAAGCACAAGAUCACUCAUACAAUUGUUGGUAACCAGAAGAAGAAAGUGGAAAUGUACAAAUGCGAGAUUUGCAAUUUCAAAGCGAAGAAGAAAUUUGUCGUACAAAGUCACGUAAAUAUCCAUAGACCACCAUCCGAAAGGGUUGUUUACAAAUGCGAAUUGUGCCCUUACACUUCCAAAUUCAAGCAGGGAGUUUCUAAUCACAUGACUGUGCACAAGAAGCCUUCAGAAAUCACCAUGUUCGAAUGCGAGGUUUGUCCUUACAAGGCAAAAUGGUCGCACUGUUUGCGCAACCAUCUCAAAACUCACAAGAAGAAAGAAGUUCCUGUUCACAAGUGUGAACAUUGCAAUUUCAAAGCGAACAACAAAUACAGCGUUACUACCCAUCAGAAAUCUACUCACAAGGAGCUUUUUGAAAAACCAAAGAAGGAAUACAGAUGCGACCUAUGUGACUAUACGGGAAAAUGCACUAGGGAUAUCACUAGACACAAAAUCGUUCACAAGAGAACGUUGAAGGCGGAAAUGUUUACUUGUGCGAUAUGUGGUAUGAAGACGAAAAGAAAAGAAACUUUGAAGUAUCAUAUCCUCACCUUGCACGGUUUUUUAGAAAGGAAUUUGGGUUCGAUGUAG